AUGGAGUGCCCCAUCUGCCUGGAGGUGCAGGACGGGCCGCAGCACCAGUGCCGGGAGGGCCACGUCUACUGCGCCUCCUGCGACUCCAACCUGCGCGCCCCGCGCCGCUGCCCCGAGUGCCGCAUGGCUCUCGGACCACUGAACCAGGCGAUUCGAUGCCGAAGCCACGAGGAGCGGAUCGCGGCGCUGCCGGCGGCAUGUUCGCACUGCGGGCUGGCGACGACGCGCGGCGAAGUCGCCGCACACGAGCAAGACUGCCCGCAGCGGCCGCGAGCGUGUGCCGCGGCGGAGGCUGGUUGCGCGUGGUCAGGGCUGCUGGCAGACAAGGCGGCGCACGAGGCGACGUGCCCCUUCGCCGUGUGCCAGCGCAUGAUGGCGCCGCUGGUGGCGGAGAUGCGGGCCGAGAACUCACAGCUGCGGGCGGAGAAUGAGCGGCUGCGGUCGCGCGUGGCGGCGCUCGAGGCUGGCGAGGCUGGCGAGGAGGGAGGGCGGCGGGUGCGGCAGCGCGUUGGCGCCGCGCCGCAUGACGCGCCGCCGAGCAAUGCGGCGGUGCGGGCGAUGGACGUGGCGGCGGCGACGGCGGCGCUGCGCGUGCACGUGUCGGACAGCCGCGUCGCUGCUGCGGCAUGCAAGCGCUUGGAGGAACUGUGCAUGGAGGAUCAGAACGAGCAAGUUGCGGCGGACGCGGGCGCGAUCGAGGCAAUCGUGGCGGCGCUGCAGGCUCACCCGCAGGAGGCGGAGGUGCAGGCGGAAGGCUGCGCGGCGCUGACCAACGUGUGCUUCGUCAACGACGCCGCAGGGCGCGCACGCAAGCAGCGCGCAGCAGACGCGGGCGCGAUCGAGGCGGUCGUGGCAGCGCUGCAGGCUCACCCACAGGUGGCGGGCGUGCAACAGCGUGGCUGCGCGGCGCUGACCAACGUGUGCUCCGGCGACGACGCCGCAGGGCGCGCACGCAAGCAGCGCGCAGUAGCCGCGGGCGCGAUCGAGGCGGUCCUGGCAGCGCUGCAGGCUCACCCACAGGUGGCGGGCUUGCAACAGCGUGGCUGCGCGGCGCUGGGCAACGUGUGCUCCGGCGACGACGCCGCAGGGCCGGCACGCAUACAGCGCGCAGCCGACGCGGGCGCGAUCGAGGCGGUGGUGGCGGCGCUGCAGGCUCACCCGCAGGUGGAGGGGGUGCAACAGCAUAUCUGUGCGGCGCUGGUCAACGUGUGCUCCGGCACCGACGCCGCGGGGCGCGCACGCAGCCAGCGCGCAGCAGACGCGGGCGCGAUCGAGGCGGUCGUGGCAGCGCUGCAGGCUCACCCACAGGUGGCGGGCGUGCAACAGCAUGGCUGCAUGGCGCUGGGCAACGUGUGCUACGGCGACGACGCCGUAGGGCUCGCACGCAAGCAGCGCGCAGCCGACGCGGGUGCGAUUGAGGCAGUAGUGGCGGCGCUGCAGGCUCUCCCGGAAGUGGAGGAAGUGCAGGAAAUGGGUUGCUGGGCGCUGCGCAUGGUGUGCUUCGGCACCGACGCCUCGGCGCGGGCGCGGAGGCAGCGUGCUGUGACUGCACGCGCGCCCGAGGCGGCGACAGCGGCGCUGCAGGCGCACCCAGAGAACGCAGCUGUCCAGGAGGAAGGACAGCAGCUGCGCGACUUGCUUGUCUGA